AUGAGUUGCCAAGCAUUCACUUCAUCUGACACCUUUGUACCCCUGAAUUCUGACUCUUCUCCCUCCCUGCCUCUGAUAAUGCACCACAGCGCCGCAGAGUGCCUGCAUGUCUCUAACCACGCCACCAAUGUUGUAUCUACAGUCCCAUCUGUUUUGUCUUUGGUCCAAACUCGUGUUGCUCUGUGUGUUCCCUUUGCCACGACAACGCCGGGACGCGCCUUGGCAGGACUUCAUUACUCUGUGCCCUCCUGUCAUUAUGGAAACCAACCAUCCACCUACGGGGUGAUGGCAGGUAGUCUGACCCCUUGCCUCUAUAAAUUCCCGGAGCACGCCCUGAGUGCCAGCUCCUGUGCCCUGGGCCACGGCUUCACUCCCAUGCACCAGUCCCUCCUCACAGAUGAUCCCACUGGCACGGACUUCAAGCAGGAGUUCCGCAGGAAAAGCAAGUCCGUGGAAGACCCCGUUGACAUGGACUCCCCUGAGAUCAGGGAGCUGGAGAAAUUUGCCAACGAAUUUAAGCUGCGGAGAAUUAAGCUGGGUUACACACAAACCAACGUUGGAGAAGCACUGGCUGCUGUGCACGGCUCUGAAUUCAGCCAAACAACCAUUUGCCGUUUUGAAAACUUGCAGCUGAGUUUCAAGAACGCCUGCAAACUGAAAUCCAUACUGUCCAAGUGGCUGGAGGAAGCAGAACAAGUAGGAGCUUUAUAUAAUGAAAAAGUUGGAGUGAAUGAGCGGAAGAGGAAGCGCAGAACCACCAUAAGUAUCGCUGCCAAAGAAGCCCUAGAGAGGCACUUUGGAGAACAAAGCAAACCUUCUUCUCAAGAAAUCAUGAGGAUGGCCGAGGGGCUCAACCUUGAGAAAGAAGUCGUAAGAGUUUGGUUUUGCAACAGAAGACAAAGGGAAAAAAGAGUGAAGACGAGUUUACACCAGAACACCUUCAGUUCCAUCAUCAAGGAGCACCAUGAGUGCCGGUAA